AAUUUAAAGAUGACCAUGGCUACAGCUGCUCAACCUGCUUCUGCCGAGAACAGAACGCUCAUCGUCGGAGCAACUGGUUUCAUCGGCCGAUUCGUCACCGAAGCUUGUUUGGAGACUGGCCGAACUACCUAUGUGCUGGUCCGGUCGGCUAAGACCAUUUCUUCUAAGGCCCAAACCAUUAAAACCCUUCACGACAAAGGAGCUAUCAUCGUUCAUGGGUCGAUCAAUGACAGAGAAUUCAUGGAGAAGCUACUGAGGGAAAAUAAGAUCGAAGUGGUGAUAUCAGCCGUAGGUGGGGAUAGCAUCCUAGACCAGCUCAACCUUAUCAACGCCAUCAAAGCCGUCGGCACUAUUAAGAGAUUUCUGCCGUCGGAGUUCGGGCACGACAUUGAUAGGGCGGAUCCAGUGGAGCCAGGACUGACUAUGUACCUAGAGAAGCGUAGGGUUAGAAGGGCUAUAGAGGAGACUCGUAUACCUUUCACCUACAUCUGCUGCAACUCCAUCGCUGCUUGGCCCUACCACGACAAUACUCAUCCCGCAGAGGUUCUUCCGCCGUUGGAUCGUUUCCAAAUCUACGGUGAUGGCACCGUCAAAGCUUACUUCGUGGCUGGAACGGACAUAGGAAAGUUCACGAUGAAAGCGGUGGACGACGAGAGAACAGUAAACAAAUCGGUGCAUUUCCGACCGGCCAUGAACUUCCUGAACAUAAACGAGCUUGCUUCCUUGUGGGAAAAGAAGCUUGGGCGCACACUCCCUCGUGAAACCGUUACAGAGGAAGAUCUUCUCGUUGCUGCCGCAGAGAAUGAAAUCCCGCGCAGCAUAGUGGCCUCCUUCACUCACGACAUAUUCAUAAAGGGAUGCCAGAUCAAUUUCCCCAUUGAUGGAAACAAAGACCUAGAAGCCAGUUCUCUCUAUCCCGACAUCCCUUUCCGCUCCAUGGCCGACUGCUUCGUCGACUUUGCUCCCAUUUCCAGCGCCAGAGUGGAAGAAUCCGCCGCCAAAGAGGACCAGCUGUCAGUUGCCGUUGAAGCUGCCGCAAGCGAAUUUGUGAUGAGGAUCGAUCAACCACAACAGCCGCAGGUAGUGGGCGACGCGCCCAAUCCCAUGGUAGAAGUUUUUGCCAUCACUGCCUCAUGCGCUUAAUCCCAUGAUUUUCAUCAGCCAUUUGAUUGCUGGUUUCCUCAUCCAUGGUUGAUGAUAAUCCAAGGAGGAUGAUGACAGGAUUCGUGAUUUUCUUGAAAUAAAAAAUAAUUCUCGGUAGUUGGUUCGGUGAAAAACAGUCAAAUUAUUGGACAGUUAAUUAAGAUUUGUUGGUAAAUUUGUACGUCCGUAGCUCCGUCCGUUGACGUAUCCGUUUGAAAUUUGAGACGGGAACGUCGUCUAUGUUUAGGUGUAAUUAAUAUGCUCAUUGGAAUAUCUUAUUGUUAGUAUUUAAGGAACUAUUUUUAGUU